UGCGCGGAGGCCGCCCUGCGGGCUGCAGGCUCUGACCCCGCCAGGUCUGCAGCCGGCAGCUCUGGGGCGUCCCAACCCCUUCGCUGCGAGAGGUGGAGCCAGAGCGUGAGGUCUGGGCUCCAGGUGGGCCCAAAGGGAGGAUGAAGCAGGCCCUGGUGGACGAUACUGAGGAUGUGUCCUUGGACUUCGGCAACGAGGAGGAGCUCGCCUUUCGGAAAGCCAAGAUCAGGCAUCCCUUGGCCACCUUUUUCCACCUGUUUUUCCGAGUGAGUGCCAUCGUCACCUACGUGUGCUGUGACUGGUUCAGCAGAAGCUUUGUGGGCUGUUUUGUCACUGUGCUCCUCCUUCUGUCCUUUGACUUCUGGUCUGUGAAGAAUGUAACUGGAAGGCUCAUGGUGGGCCUCCGCUGGUGGAACCAGAUAGAUGAAGAUGGGAAAAGCCACUGGAUUUUUGAAGCCAGAAAGGUCUCUCCAAAUAAUAUUGCUGCCACAGAAGCUGAAGCCCGAAUCUUCUGGCUUGGCCUCAUUAUUUGCCCGAUGAUUUGGAUUGUGUUCUUUUUUAGCACCUUAUUUUCCUUGAAGCUAAAGUGGCUGGCGCUUGUGAUAGCUGGGAUUUCUCUCCAGGCCGCUAACCUAUAUGGCUACAUCCUUUGUAAGAUGGGAGGCGAGAGUGACAUCAGCAAAGUCACAGCCGGCUUUUUGUCCCAGGCAGUGUUCCAGACGGCCUGCCCAAGUGACUUUCAGAAGCCUGGCCUGGAGGGGCUGGAGAUCCACAAGUGCUAGACUUGUCUUCAGAGGCGACAGUAACUGACAUGAGAGGGUCUGUAAUCAAACAAGCCUACAGCAGAGAAGAAUUCCACGACCAACAAACUGUUGGAUUUUCAGUGAAGCAGGCCUUGGGAAAGGUUUGAGGAGAUG